AUCCACGCGCCGCCGGAACUCGUCUGGUCAAUCGUCAGACGAUUCGACAAACCACAAACAUACAAACACUUCAUCAAAUCCUGCUCCGUCGAACAAAACUUCCAGAUGCGCGUCGGAUGCACGCGCGACGUGAUCGUCAUCAGUGGAUUACCGGCCAACACAUCAACGGAAAGACUCGAUAUACUCGACGACGAACGGAGAGUUACCGGAUUCAGUAUCAUCGGAGGCGAACAUAGGCUGACGAAUUACAAAUCUGUCACGACGGUGCAUAGAUUCGAGAAAGAGAGUCGGAUCUGGACGGUGGUUUUGGAAUCGUAUGUUGUUGAUAUGCCGGAAGGUAACUCGGAGGAUGAUACACGUAUGUUUGCUGAUACGGUUGUGAAGCUUAAUUUGCAGAAACUCGCGACGGUUGCGGAAGCUAUGGCUCGUAACUCCGGUGACGGAAGUGGUUCUCAGGUGACGUGAAAACAAAAAACGACGAAAAAAUUUAUAAAAUGAUUUAUUUUCU